CUUCUGGCAGUUUAUCGUCGAUUCUGAUUUGUUCUGGUAUUCGUGUUCGCCACAAUACAAUAGGUUUGUAUCUUAACUGUUAACUAGCUAGCUAGCAAAAUUUCCGCUGAAAAAGCGUUUCUUAACCCAAAAAACUAGCAAAAGAGGGCACAAGUUGACUGCGUAAAAAGCUGAGAGAGCUGCUAAUUUCUGCAUAUGAAGAAACAGCUGUUAAAGCUCAUGUAUAUACAAGCAAUAUUUGACGCAUUUGCUUUGAUUUUGUUUAUAUAGAAUUGUGAAAAUAAAAAUUCUAUGGAUUAAUUUCCAAGUGUUGAUAUGAAGUGAUUGUAAAAAAUAACAUUUUGACAUUUUCUGAUAGAUAUGCUAGUUUUCCGUUUUUAGUUUUUCGUUAUUCCGCUCUUUGUGAGAGUACCUGGCAAUUUUCUUCUUCCUGAUAGCGAGCAGCUACUAGCAGUUAAGAUACACCGCUAAUGAGAUGUUUACAAGAUUUUAUGAAGGUGCUAUGUUUGUACCAAGAACAAAAUACAUGACUUUUAAUAAAAAUCUUAGCUUUUACAUAAAGAGAUAAAGGUCUUAUUGGCAUCUUACAUAAUAUUAAUUCAACCCCAAUAUUGUCAUUGUAUGUUUUUCAUAAUAAUCUCAUAUCGUGAAUACCAUUCAAAUAGUUAUAUAUGUUAUCAAUAGUGCGAUUCGAUUGUGAAAAAAUAGUGCGGCGGGGACUUUUCAUAUCAUCACGUUUUGACACUAUUGCAGUUUAAGACAAAAGACAGCAGUGAACAUGGCAGGUUAUCAAAUACAAGAGAAAACACCUGCGUUCAUACACAAAAAUAUAUUAUCCAAAGGGGACGGUAUACAAAUUGAUGCAAUAAAAUUAUGUCACCGCGACAAAGUACUAGAUUUCCUACGAUCGCAUUACUAUCUGGAGGAGCCUUUGACAAUCGGAAGUUAUCCAAAAGAACAGGAUCCGGAGGAUGAAAAAUUUAACAUGUCACAGAUAACUCACGGAACUUGUUUAAUGGCACUGAAUGAAGAACGCAUUGUUGGAGUUUUAAUUUCCGGACUAAAGCAUAGUAACGAAGCCGAUCAUUUGUUCGAAGAUGCCGCAAGAUUCGGACCCACUAAAUGGGGUACUGCCUUAAAAAUCUUGGCAUGCGCUGAAAGAGAAUCCAAUGUGUAUGUACGAUAUAACGUUUUAAAAGCAUUGCAUAUUCAUAUAUUAGCUGUUGACGCACAACUGCGCGGUCAUACAAUUGGCGCAAGUUUGAUAGAAGAGAUAAAAAAGCUUGGUCGGCACUUGGGUUAUCCACUUUUGACUUUGGACUGCACCAGUUAUUAUUCAGCUAAACUAUGCGAGCGUCUACACAUGGAUCUUGUGAAUGUUAUAAAAUAUGACGAGUAUCUGGAUAAAGAAGGCAAACCUAUUUUCAAGCCUCCGCCUCCGCACCAAUCCCUUAAAACAUAUGCAACCAGAUUAUAAAUUUUUUAAUAUAAUAGUAAAUUUUUGCUAUAACUGUCAGCAGAAAUAAAAAUUGAUUUGAUGUCUCACAGCUGAUAGUAUUUCGAAUGAAUAAAUUAUUUAUAUACAAGUUGUGUUA